AUGCAAUUGCUACAUGAACUUGGAUCUCUUGAUCUGCUCAGCCUCGUCGUUGCUACUGGUGUCAAUCUGCAAGUUGAAAUUAGCCAGAUACGUGUGGCACUGAGUCGGUGGGCAUUAUUAUUCGAUUUUUUUCAAACCAUCGCUUCCUGGUUGAAUGGACAGGGUGUCGACCUGGAAAUUAUUGAACGCUUCAUAGAUGUCCAGGAUCGUAUCCAGGUGAACCCCUCACUGGAUGAAGAAACUCAAAGUGACCUUGAAAGCUGGAUAAUUUUCAAUGCCACACGUUGCGAGUACAAAUGUCCAUUGACAGAACGUGUCGACGCCUCAGUGGCAAAAUUGCUCGGUAGUGAGCAGAAUAGCGAGUCUUCCUCAGGUCCUCUUUCAUUAGCUGAGCCUACUAGCACUCCAGGCACCAGCAUUGGUAUUCAAUCUGGUUGCUUUCGGACCGUGAAGCUCUUGUGUUAUGAUCUAGAAACCACAAUGGCGAGAUAUCAAAAGUUGAAAGCAGAAUCAGACAUUUGCAACAUGUGCUCAGUGACUGUUUACAAUCUACUGGGUUCAACGCUACUGGAAUCCUGUGUUCCCCAACCUGAACUUCUCUCUAUACUCCAUACAAUCUCUGAUGCUGUGAAGAUGCAUUCCGAAAAAUUUCCAGCCCACAGUUUCAUAGGUUGGGGACGUCGAGAUAAGCUACUUUCAUGGUGCGAGUCCUUCCCGGAUGGUUAUGCUGAAUGUACAGAUCUCGUCAAGAACCAAAUCUUGCCUUUUGGCUAUGUUUAUGGGUACUAG